ACAAUUAAAUAAUGUAUGAGUGGCCAUACUUUAUAUUUUAUAUUCUUCUUCAGUGAACAGCGUAUUUCUCAAGUUGUAAAUUGUUAUUGUUAUCCUUAAAUACCUGUAACUAAAUUUAAUAUUCUUUGAAAUUAAACUUUUGAUUUAUAGAAAACACUAUAUCAAUUAUUAAUAAGAAAUCAAAAAGAAAAAUCUCGUUGAAAUAAAAUUAGGAUCAGUUCAAAGAAUUAUUUGUAAACUAAGUUCAAAUAAAAACAGCAACCCAAAUACACAGUAACAAAAAUGGUGAUGCUAUGGAAUUUUUUAAUAUCGCUUUUGUGCAUUUUAUGCAUUGGAAAAGGCGACAUUUUACGAUUGGAUGCUUGUAACAAAAUUUCUGCUAUUUUCAAUGUCGUAUUGGAGAAUUCUCUGCUAGAAAAAACUGUGUAUUCACUGAUUGAGAAUAUCAAUCUUAAUCGCUGCUUAAGAAUUUGUAUGCAAUACCCUAAGUGUAAAUCAUUCAGUUACAUGCUUCAUUAUUCGCAAUGCAGAAUACAUCAAUCUACCAGUGCUGACAAGGAAACUUUUUUACAGGAUGUGAUUGGAUGGGUUCAUUAUGAAACAUCAAAGAAUGAGCCAAAUUUGGGUCCUGUUUGCGAAGAAAGAAAACCUUGUUAUGGCAGAUGUGUGGAUACUUGCGAUACCAAAGGCUAUAAGUGCGAAUGCAAAGGAGAUUGGGUUCUGCUGAAACGCAACCUCUGCUUUGGAGCACGUGCAAACGAGUUUGGUACAUUUGAAAUACAACAUGAUGCAGUUAUAAGUGCUAUGAAAUUGGUGUAUGUGGGUGGAGGUGGUGUCACAUGUUUUGAUGGUGCACGAUUAACAAACUGGGGAUGCGAGUAUGAACCAUAUCCUUUUGUCAGAGAAAACGUCGCUGCAGUUAUUACAGAUGAUCAAGAUAACAUACUUUACCCAUCCAAAGUUUACGACAAAACUUUAGGCUUCUUCUUUGUACCAGGAUACAACGCCGAUUCUCCCUUCUUGAUUUUUAAUGCCACUAAUCACACUGUCCAUCAAGGACAAAAGUUGAGAUUACAUUACGGUGAAGCUUUACUUUCUCCUUACCACUUUAACAACUUAGGCCAAUCUUGUGUGGAUAUUUAUGCAGAGCUGUGUGACGCGUAAAUAUAUUGAUGUGAAGAUUACAUCCGAAUUAGCAAGUACAUAAUUUGCUUAAAACUAAAAAAAAAUUGAGAGCAAGGACAAGGCUUAACUUUUACGGAUUCUCUCAUUUUCAGAAAAAUCGCAACAGAAUUGGGAACUCAGCUAAUGCCAAUGUUUCUAAUUGUCCAGUGUCAGGCAUUAUUCCUACACGUUUUUAAAGCAUAAAUGCCAACACAAAUUUAAUUUAGCAUCUCACGCAUUUUUGCAUAAAGUAUUAGAUGAUGAAGCAUUUUUGGUGAAUUAUUUAACAACUCAAGA